AUGGCUCUCCAUAUACCAGGUCUGAUCAUGAUGGUCGUCUUCUACUUGUUGGUGUUGGGAAUCGGCAUCUGGGCGUCUGUAAAAUCCAAGAAGAUGGAGAAAAACACACUCAGUGGACAGAUAGAAGUUUCUCUUCUGGCUAACCGGAGGGUCAGCUUGGCAGUGGGAGUCUUCACAAUGACGGCCACAUGGGUUGGUGGUGCGUUUAUCAUUGGAGUUGCAGAGUCAGUUUAUGACCCCACAAAAGGAUUAAUCUGGGCUCUUAUUCCCCUACAAAUGUCACUUUCAUUUAUUAUUGGUGGACUGUUCUUUGCAAAACCAAUGCGAGACAAAAACUACGUCACUAUGAUGGAUCCGUUCCAGAGGAAGUAUGGAAAAAUACUGACUGGUUUUCUUGCCAUUGUUCCAUUUAUAAGUGAAGUGAUGUGGGUUCCUGUCACACUGAUUUCCUUGGGAGUUACCGUUAGCAUCUUUUCCGAUUUGCCCUUAAGUCUUUGCAUCUGGAUCUCUGCUGUGGUGGCCAUCUUCUACACUGUCCUCGGUGGUCUCUACUCAGUCGCUUUCACUGACGUCAUCCAGUUGUCACUGGUGUUUUGUAGCUUGUGGCUGUGUGCCCCUUUUGUUCUGGCAAGUGAUGUUUACACUGACCUCAGUAAAACAGCAUUCAACCACACGUAUCAGGCCCCCUGGCUCGGUCGCCUUGAGUCGCAUGAAGUGUGGAGAUGGAUUGAUAAUUUCCUGGCAAUGAGUGUUGGAAAUUUGGCAUUUCAGGAUUUCCAUCAAAGGACGCUCUCCUCCAGCUCCACAUCUACAGCCAGAAUGAUCUGUUUCAUAGCAGCAGGUGUGGUGAUUGUUCUUGGGAUUCCACCUGUGCUGAUUGGUGCCACUGCAGCCUCAACAGACUGGAAUUUGACCUCAUAUGGGUCUCCAUCUCCGUAUGAGCGAGGAGAGGCGGCUAUGGUGUUGCCCAUCAUGCUCCUGCAUCUCACCCCGACUGCCAUUUUCGUCGUCGGCAUGGGAGCCAUCGCCGGUGCUGCCAUGUCGUCCACUGACUCUUGCCUGCUGGCAGCGACCUCCAUCUUCACAACCAAUAUCUACAAGCUCAUUAGACACCAGGCAUCAGAUAAAGAGCUGCAGUGGGUGAUACGUCUCUCCAUCGUGGUCGUAGGGCUUGUAGGAACAUCCCUCACCUACCUGGACAGCAGCAUCUUGGCGUUCUGGAUCCUGAGCUCAGACCUGACUUACACCAUAAUGCUCCCCCAGCUGAUCUGCAUCCUCUUCAUCAGGGUUUCCAAUGGUUACGGGGCAAUUGCAGGCUAUAUUGUUGCUUUUGUGAUGAGAGUGUUGUGUGGAGAGCCAGUGUUCAGCCUUCCCGUCAUCCUCCAUUUCCCAGGAUGCACUUUGGAGGAUGGUGUCUACAUCCAGCGCUCACCUUUCAAGAGCAUUUGCAUGCUCUCCGCCCUGGUCUCCAUCCUGUUGUUUUCAUAUGUGGCUUCACUCCUGUUCAACAAGGAGAUCCUUCCUGAGAGGUGGGACGUGUUCAAUGUGAAAUCACAGGCAGCACCAUCACCAGCAGGUGGCACCAGAGAGGAUGAAGGUGAAGAGGCUGAUGUUAAACGUGAAAAUGAACCAAUGCUUGAUACAGACUGCUAAUUCAGUUUCUAUUGACUUUAUUUUUCUUUUUGUGACAUAAACACAUUUAUGAUAAAGAUCAAAAUCUCAUGGAAACAGAAUGAGUUGAUGGAAUCCUUACAGUUAAAUAUCUUUACGUGCAUUUCUAUCUGUUCAAUGCUUCUGUUUUUCCAAAUGUGAUCAUCAAAGCAGCACAUGACAUAUAGAUAAUCAUUCUAA